AAUAUCAACAAUACGAGAUGUGUAUUUGGAAAUCACAGACAGAGUGAACAGAACAGAAUACCGCUCAUUAUUAGUGUAGUGCGAACCACGACAGAAAGAAGUGGUACCAUGUUAAGUUUUGGUAGAUUCGUCACGUGUACUAUCGCAGCACUCUCGUGUUUAUCACUUGUUUACUGUGAAAAAUAUAAAUUCUGUAUGGUUGAUGGCAAGGGAGGUUAUAUGAAGUCAGGUCGCUAUUGUCCAAAUUUGGAUAUUGCAGAGAGCAAAGUAGAAUGUGUUGUGGCUCUGGACAGGCUGGAUUGUUUAAGGCGGCUCUCAAAGGGCACAGCGGAUUUUUCAGUAUUUACAGCAGAGGAUCUGGUUACAGCUCAAAAUUCUAAAAUAGAAGUAUUAGUUACAAACGAACUGCGUUACAACGCCAAAGAUAAUUACGAGUAUGAAGUUGUGGCAGUAGUCAAUAAUAAUGCCGGAAUUAAAAGUAAACACGAUCUAAAGGGAAAGAGAUUUUGUCAUCCUGGUUAUGGCUACGAAACAGACUGGACAAGGAUUUUAGCAAAUUAUUUUGAGGCUUCGGUGGUAACACCGUCAUGUGAUACCGACCUAACAAUUACGGAAAAUCGCAUAAAGGCCACAGCUGAGUUCUUCGAGGCUUCCUGCAAGGCUGGACCAUGGGUCAACAAUCCUUCUUUAAACAUCCAACUGAAGCAAAAAUACGCCCAUUUGUGUGAAUUGUGCGGCAACCCCUCAAAAUGUUCAAUAAACGAUGAGUACUGGGGAAGGCGUGGUUCACUAUUGUGCUUGACUGAUGGUGCCGGAGAUAUAAGUUGGGCACGUUUGGAUGAUGUGAAAACCCAUUUUGGACUCCAAUCCGGCCUUGUUCCAGACCAAUACAGUUUGCUCUGCCCAGAUGAUUCCCUCAUGCCUUUGACCGCUGCCGAACCUUGCAUUUGGGUUGUAAAGCCUUGGCCAGUUGUGGCAUCGAGAAGAUCUGUAGCUCAGGAAAUUCAGGAAAUAGUAUCCUCAUUAUCUCCAAACGUCACAGGCUGGCGUCAAAGCGUUCUGAAACUCCUGGAAACCUCCUACACGGUCGUCAAAAAGGUCGACUCGGUAGAACCAAUUGAGAGCUAUUUGCAUCGAGCAACUGGUUUUCUGAGUGCAAAUAGUUUUUCUGGAUGCCAUCCCCCUAGGACUAUCAAUAUUUGCACCACUUCCAUUAUUGAAAAUGCCAAAUGCGCCUGGAUGAGGGAAUCUGCUGCAGUCUACGGCUUGGAACCAGAUCUUGAAUGUAUAAAAGCUGAUAAUACAACACAUUGUAUGGUGGCUCUCAAUCAGAAAGCUGCGGAUAUUGUCAUGGUUCCUUCUGAUUUGGUACAUCGAGCAGAAAAGGAGUACAACUUAACGACUCUCUUUUAUGAAACCGUGAACGUAGAUGAGAAGUAUAUCACAGUCGCUGUGACAAAACCAGAGUCGAACAUAAAGACUUUCGCAGAUCUUCGAGGAAAGAAAGCCUGUUUCCCAGUGUACGAUGGCGUCGCAUGGAAUACAGUAAAAAAAGUCCUCUUCGACAAACAAUUAAUCAAGAACUGCCCUCUGGAAAAAGAAAUAACUAACUUUUUCGGUCCAAGCUGUACCCCAGGUCUGCCAGAUAAUCUAUCAGGCAGUAUGAAGAAAACUUGUCAAGAGGAUACCUUCAAUGGAGAGUUUGGAGCUCUCCAAUGCCUCUCUAGUGGAGCUGGCGAUGUAGCUUUCGUAUCGAGAAAUUCCAUCAAGAAAUUUGUUUCUAGUGAAAAUGAAAACAGUGCAAAUAGCAAAUUGAAAAUCGAAGACUUCAAAAUACUUUGUGAGAGUAAGACGAAACCAUGCCAUCUAAGUUGGGCACCGCUUGGUCAAGGAAUGAUUCGAAAUAACAGCACAGACCUUUGGAAGAAAGACACGCUGGAUGUAUUUUUGCGACUGGAUAACUUAUUCGGGAAAAGCUACCAGUCCCUAACAACUCCUUUCACUAUGUUCGGAAAGUACGACGGGAAAUCAGACCUGCUCUUUCACGAUGCUACCAUAAGACUGCGUAGCGUUGCAACUAGUAAAGAUUUUGAUACCAUGGUAUAUCCGUACAAGGACUUUUUGAAUGUAGAUACAAUGUGUAUAAAUUCAAACGCGUCUAGAAUCUCAUUUAAUGGUUAUGUAUUGUUGUUCAUAGCGGCCGUCUCAGUUAGAUUUUGUUUUAAUUAGUUUUGUUUCAUGUUUGUUCUAUAAAAUUGCACUGAUUAUAAAUACUGUGAUAUUCAUUGUAUAUACUUGUACUGUACAAUAAAUAUG